CUGCGCUCACCCCAAGCAGGUGACACCCGGCGGCUUGAUGAUGAGCUGAUCCACUACUGGCAUGUGAUGCCCUCCAUCCAGCAGGGCAGUCGGAUGCUCAGCUUGGCAGAGGCCAUGCAGCACUGGCAGAAGGGGUUCCCAGGCCAGCUGCGGGUCACCCUGGAGCUGGAGGGAGCAUGGCUGGAGCUGGAGCUGGAGCAGAACCGGGAGCUGACUCCAGGCACCCGGGCUCUGCUGUACUACCUGCCCAAUGGCAUGCGGGCCAUGCAGGACGUUGGCACCCAAAACUGCUGCUACCAGGGCCGCGUCUGGGGGCAUCCGGGCUCCAGGGCCAGCAUCUGUGCCUGCGCCGGGCUCAGUGGCUUAAUCACGGUGUCCCAGAACAUGAGCUAUGGCCUGGAGCCCAGCCCUGGGGGCCCCCACGGGACACACCUGGCCUACCGCACCCAGGACAUCCGGCUGGUGCCACAGGCCUGCGGGGUGGGCACCCCCAACCCUGAGCAGCCACUGCCAGACACGGAGCAACCUCUGCUUCAAAGGGGCAAGCGGGCAGCAGUGCCGGAGCAGCGCUUUGUGGAGCUGGUGAUGGUGCUGGACCAGGCAGAGUUCCGGCUGUACCCCGACCUCAAGCGGAUCCAGACACGUGCACUGGAAAUCACCAACCAGGUGGAUGUGUUCUUCCAGCCCCUGGGCAUCCGUGUGGCACUGCUGGCAGUGGAGGUGUGGAACCAAGGCAACCCCAUUGCUAUAGGACCCAGUGCCCGGGCCACGCUGGAGCGGUUCCUGCAGUGGCGCCAGACAGACCUGCUGCCCCGGCUGCCCCACGACAAUGCGCAGCUGCUGACGGGCACGGCCUUCGCAGGCACGGCCAUGGGGAUGGCAUCCCAGGGCUCCAUGUGCUCUGCAGCCCGGUCCGGUGGGGUCAGCGUGGACCACUCCAUCAGCGUCCUGGCCGUGGCCUCCACUGUGGCCCACCAACUGGGCCACAGCCUGGGCAUGGGGCACGAUGGGCCAGCACAGGGCUGUGAGUGCCCCGGCCCCUACCAAGACCGGAGCUGCAUCAUGGAUCUACCCACAGGGCUGAUGCCCGGGCUGAGCUUCAGCAGCUGCAGCAAGCAGGACCUAGAGCACGGCCUGCGCCAAGGCCGGGGCUGGUGCCUUUUCAAUGUGCCAGAGCCCCGGAGCCUGGUUGGGCGCCCGCGCUGUGGCAAUCGCUUCGUGGAGGAGGGCGAGGAGUGCGACUGUGGCCUGCAGGAGGAGUGCACCGACCCCUGCUGCAACGCCAGCACCUGCCAGCUGCUUCCCGGGGCCCAGUGCGCCACUGGUGCUGCCUGCUGCCAGGACUGCCAGCUGCGCCCAGCGGGCACCACAUGCCGGGAGCCGCGGGGAGAGUGCGACCUGCCUGAAUUCUGUGAUGGGCUUUUGGGGCACUGCCCUCCCAAUGCCCACAUGCAGGACGGGCAGCUCUGUGCGGGUGGCCAGGCCUACUGCUAUGGGGGUGUCUGCACCACCUAUGCAGGGCAGUGCCAGCAGCUGUGGGGCACAGGUUCUGUCCCGGCCCCAGCUGCCUGCCUGGCCUCCCUCAAUGCCCAGGGCAGUGAGCAUGGGCACUGCGGACAGCACCCCAAUGGCACCUACAUCCCUUGUGCCCCACGGGAUGUGGGCUGCGGGCGGCUGCAGUGCCAGGUGGGUAACGCCGCAGCUGCCCGAGGGAACGGGACCAGACAAGACUGUAGUGCAGCCCCCCUGCCCCCAGGCAGCGACGUGAGUGACCUUGCCAUGGUGCUGCCUGGCACAGCCUGUGGCUCUGGGAAGAUAUGUCUUGAGAGCCGGUGCCAGGACGUCUCUGUGCUGCGGGUGUCAGCGUGCCAGUGCCACGAGCAUGGGGUGUGUAACAACCUUGGGCACUGCCACUGUGAGCGGGGCUGGGCCCCCCCCAGCUGCGAGAGCCCUGGGCCGGGGGGCAGUGUGGACAGUGGCCCCCUGAGCAUGGAGGAAGGGAGCAGCGCCGUGCCUGCCGCCCUGCUCCUCAGCGCCAUCCUGCUCCUGGCACUGGUGCUAGGGCUCUGCUACGCCAAGCGCGCUGGCCUGCACAAGCGCCUCUGCCAGCUCAGCAAGGGCACCAGCUGCCAGUACAGCACCGAGGCCGAGACCCGGGUGCGAUUCCUGGGUGCCGGAGUCUCAGCUGAUCAGAGCCGGAUCUCCCAGCCAGAGACGCAGUGCCCCAGCCAGACCCCCCCUGAGCGCCCCCGGCCCCCACAGUGGCACCAGAGCACGGAGCUGCAGGUCAUGCACAGCAGCACGCCUGCUCCCCUUGGCGCCGCCCGGCCCGAUCCACCCUCCAAGCCGCUCCCGCCUGACCCGGUGCCUAAGGCAUCCCAGGCCAGGGGCUCGGACAGGCCACCCCCCCCCACGCGCCCGCUUCCUGCAGACCCUGUGGUGAGAGGCACUCAGUCUCCUGGUCCUGCCAAGCCCCCCCCACCCCGGCGGCCACUGCCCUCUGACCCGGUGGGGGUCCUGGGCGAGGUGCCUGCUGUGCCUUCCUAUGGCCCCUGCGUCAUGGUGUUGCCAUCCAGGCCAGCGCCCCCACCCCCCUCGGCACACACUCCAGACCGCUGAUGCCCCUCGUGCUGCCCUGCUGGGACGCGCUGUCUGCUGGACUCGACUCCCUGCUGCUACAGCCCCCCUGCGCUGGACUCUCAGGGCCCUGCUCCGGGGCUUCUCGUCUCCUGCACCAUGUGCAGGGCCGGGGCAGAGCCCGUGGGCACCGUGGAGAGCAGUUUGGGAUGCUCUGCAAACUGCAAUAAAGGGGAUGGUGCACCGGG